AUGACGCUAUAUUGUGCAUCAAGUCUUUCGUGCAUUUGCGACGCCAAAUCCGUCACUCAAUACACGUUCGACAACAUUUUCCAGCGUCCCAUCUGCGAGAAGGUUUGCGACAAGACUACCGAUUGUCCGAAAAAUGACACGGCAAUCAUUAAUAAUGCAGCGCGACGAAGAAGCAACAAAUCAAAAUGCCAUUUGAAACAAAUGAACUACACAAUUUAUUCAUCGCAUCGUAUCAAUGUUCAAAUCUACGAAAGUUCAAACGAUGAUGGCACUAAUGGCGAUUGCACAUGCAACGUGACGUCACACGCGACGUAUCUCAACGAAUUUUGUGUCCCGCUGAAAUUGUUGUCGGAAUAUCAGCAAUAUCAGGGUUUCAAGACGAGUCCGUUGUACAGCCAGAUGAAGUUUCUCAUGCUCUUUUGUCAUUUGGUGAAGAAUCAGACGGCAUGUCAGCAGUUGGCGAAUCUUUGUAUCUUGUCGCACUACAGCAUGAACCGAAAUUCGCCGUGUCAUCAGUUUUACAUGACACAAACGUCGGAAAUUGCUGGGAGUAAUUACAACGAACGCAUGAGACCGUUCUUGUUUUAUCGCAAGGGAAAGUACGUCACUGAGCUGUUCGAUAGAGCACUGGACUUUCAGUAUAAUAUGGAGGACGAUAUGCCAAAUAACACCGUGCAAUUCCUAAUGGUCAGUUACAACAUUCACGGGCAACUCUUGAACAUUCGUCCUUUGAGCUUGAUGAGUGACUUGAACAUGUGCGCUAAAUUUUCCGGCGGGACAGCAAAUCGCAUUCGUUUUGCGCGCAAUUGGCAAAGUACAUGCAAACUCAAUCUCGAUAGUUGGAUUCGGCAUGAAAUGCGGCAGGGCAUGACUUUCAUGAGUUUGUAUCUGAGUUAUUGGGAAAAUAAUCAUCGGAUGGUAAAAACAGUUCCUGUGCUGAUUCGCGACAUGUUUGGCACCCAAAAUGACGAAGAAAAUGCCGAAGAAUGGAUUUUGGUGAAGAGAUUUUCCCUGAUUGAUAUUUUGAGUGGCGCGAGUCUUCAUUUCAAGCCGGAAUUGUAUCAGGAACCGAAAUUCGAGCAACAAUUCAAUUACGUUCGUUACGCCAAAAGCAUCGAAUUGCGGUUCAAAGUGCAUGAUCACGAGAAAAAACCGAAUAGAGUCUCCGUGCCGUUACUGAUCGUCGAUUAUGGAGUCUUGAAUCACACAGACGCGAAAGACGUGGAAAAUAUCGACUUUGAGUUCAAAAUUGCGUUCAACAAACACUACAGUUUCGAUUAUUUGCUGGAAAUUUUGCUUCCGAUCUUCAUAUUGCUGGCAUUCGUAAUGGCAAUCUUCCAAACGGUUUGCUACAAAAUACGGCAAAACAAGAUUUUUUACGACAUGGAAAUAUUUUCCAACUUUUUAAUUUUUUUGUGUUCGACGAUAGCGAAUGCACUGUUUUUGGUAGUGAUUAUUAUUAGCAUUUACGUGUUGUGCACCUACAAGUCGCAGAAAAAAGUAAAAAUAUUGCUUCCGAUUGCCGAGCAGGAGGCUUUGGAGGUGUUCGUUUAUGCAGCGGUGGCAUUUAAGUUUGUGAAGAUAUUGCGUCAUUUUUGGUUGCAAGUGAAUGUCGAUAUAUUUUUCAUCGAUUGGGAGAGACCAAAAGUGUUUGAAAGUACUUCCAGGAAUUAUUUUGAUACGCCAUCGAUUGCAUCGGGAAUCACGACCAAACACACCACAGUCGAAAGUGUCUCGGCAUGGCGAAUGUAUUUCAUCGCUAACGAAUGGCAAGAAUUGAUGACUAAACGAAAAAUCUCAUUUCUCGCACAUUUCAUCCUUCUUUGUUUCGCCUUUUUCGUCUUUGGAUUCCAAAAUUGGUCAUCAACUGAUUUUCUUCUUUCCACGGGCGGAGGUCCUUUUCACGCAGAUCAUCCAACUCUCAAUUCUCACACUUCAACGGACAAAAUUCUGAAGCUCGCUGUCGGAAUCAUCAUCUACUCGACCAUUUAUUUCGCCCAAAUCAUCUACAAUUUCAUCUUCCACGAACGUUACAUCGACAAUCCGAUCCAGAAUUUCGUCGAUGUUUGUUCAAUUUCGAAUAUUUCCGUGCUGAUCCUCAGUAUGACGUCGUAUGGCUUUUAUAUUCACGGCAGAUCGCCGCAUGGAUUCUCCGAUACUGACAUGUGCUCGAUGAUAAUGCAGUUUCGGCGCGAAGAGGAGAACAUGUGCGGGCAUCGCGGAUUACUUCCAGGCUCGGAACAACAAACUUACACGAUUUUAGCGCCGAGGAACUUGAGAUUGAUGUACGAAAGGUUGAUAAAUCAAGCGAAGAAGACGAGCAACAUUAGCGCGAUCAGUCAUGGACCGGAUGGAUUUUUGAAUGGAGCUUUGGAAUACACGUCGGAUAAGAUUUUAGCUUCGUAUUUCAACAUUAAUCGAUUUUUUUCGGCAUUUAUCGAUCAUGCACUAAAAGACCUCGAUUAUGUCAUUCAAGAGAAAUCCAUUAUCGAACAACUGAUGGAUUGUGAGCUCCAAACGUACAUCAACGAGAGCAAAGGCAUCUUUUACAUCGACAAUGGACAUUCUUUCGACAAAGUUUUGUUCUACGGGAAUGAAUUUUUGUUGGCAACUUUUGAAUUGAUGCUUUUCUGUCUCGUUCUGAUCCUCACAGAUGACUUUCUCUUCAGCAUUUUAAUUAUUGGAAUAACGUUCAAGUUAUUCUCAGCCGUUGUAGAGAAAUUUUCCAAGACAAAUUUGGCGAAAAAGACCCUCAUUGAUAAACGAUUCCUCAUAUAGUGUUAAAAAUUCUCGUAAUUUAGCGU